AUGACGGCAUGCGACCAGGGACUCGAACAGCCAGGCCUCAACGUCUUCACCAUCCUUUUCAAGAUGAAGUUCGAACAAUCUCUCUGGACCUCGCUGCUCGGCGCAACGAACGUCUUUGCGGCCCCUGCCGAACCCACAUACGCCGACUGUCCAGACACCAGUGCCGGUGGCGACUUCAACUCGAAAUGUGCUGCCAUUGCUUCCACGUUGGCCAUUGAGCAUGGUACCGUCCACUUCUCUGAAUUCGUUGCCGCCGGUACGAAUCUCAGUCUGUCGGAUAAUGACCCCACAUGCGAAUCGUCUGUUGUGGUCCUGGCGGAUAUUUGCCGUAUCGCGCUAUCAGUGGCGACAUCAAACAGCUCGGGCUUGAACAUGGAAGCUUGGUUGCCGUCGAAUUGGACAGGACGAUUUUUGUCUGGAGGUAAUGGCGGACUCAAUGGGUGCGUUGACUAUGCCAGUUUGGCGUAUACGUCUAGCCUGGGCUUCUCUUCGGUUGGAACCAACAAUGGGCACAAUGGUACAAGUGGAUUGCCGUUCUUCAACAAGCCGGAGGUUUUGGAGGACUUUGCCUACCGAGCAAUGCACACUGGUGUUGUGACUGGCAAGCAGAUCACCGAGGACUUCUACGGGAAGCCGCACGACAAGUCGUACUACCUUGGCUGCUCGACCGGUGGACGUCAAGGCUUCAAGUCCGCCCAGGACUUCCCAGACGACUUUGAUGGCAUCAUUUCUGGCGCCCCUGCACUUGCUUUCAACAACUUGACGUCUUGGAGUGGUCAUUUCUACACCAUCACUGGCCCUGCAAACUCGUCGACUUUUGUUACCAUGCCACAAUGGGUCAUGGUCCACGAAGACGUCCUGAAGCAAUGCGAUGAGCUAGACGGAUAUGCUGAUGGUAUCAUCGAAGACCCUCGCCUAUGCGAAUACGACCCUGCUGGGCUCACAUGCGCCGAAGGCUCUACAAACUCCUCGAGCUGCCUCACACCAACUCAGGUUGAGACUGUCCGAGCUGUGUUUGCGCCACUCUUGAACGCUCAAGGCGACCUUGUGUACCCCCGUUUCCAGCCUGGGCCCGAAGUUAUCGCCUCUGCCAUUCUUUUCAAUGGCCAGCCAUUCCCCUACACAACCGAUUGGUUCCGUUACGCCAUCUACAAUGAUCCAAACUGGGACCCUUCGACCCUGAACACCACCGAUUACGACAAUGCCGCACGCAUCAACCCAUACAACAUCCAGACCUGGAAGGGCGACCUCAGUGGCAUCCAAAACCGCGGUAGCAAAGUCAUCCACUGGCACGGCGCAGCCGACAUGAUUAUCUCCUACGACAACUCACCGCGGUACUACGAACACGUCUCCUCUACUAUGGGCCUCUCCCCUUCGGAACUAGACGACUUCUACCGUUUCUUCACAGUCUCCGGAACCGGUCACUGCAGCGGUGGUAGUGGAGCGCAUGCGAUUGGCCAGGCUUCAGACGAGCUGAAGAGCCUUGAUCCGAAGGAGAACAUUUUGAUGGCCCUUGUGGACUGGGUUGAGAACGGCAAUGCGCCAGAGUCGCUCGUUGGUACUAAGUUCGUGAACGAUACUGUGUCGCUGGGUGUGGAGUUUCAGCGCGCGCAUUGCAAGUAUCCUAAGCGUAAUCAGUACAAGGGUACGGGAGAUGUUAAUGCGAUUGAGAGCUGGGAGUGUGUCGAUUUAUGA